AUGAACCAAGCCUUCUGGAAAGCUUACAAGUCCAAAGUGCUGCAGACUCUGGGUGGAGAAUCUGAAGAGGACCUGGCAGAGGAGAGAGAGAACCCAGCAUUAGGGGAGUCGGACACGGCAGAAGCCCCGGAGGAGGCCCUCAACCCCAUGUCACAGCUGGCCCGAAGGGUUCAGGGGGUUGGGGUGAAAGGUUGGCUGACAAUGUCAUCGCUGUUUAACAAAGAAGACGAGGACAAACUGCUGCCACCAGAGCCCUGUGCUGAUCACCCGCUGGCGGCACCCCCCUCCUCGCAGGCGUCCGCAGUAGAAACAGAGUCGCGCGGGACGGGAUUCUGGGACACCUUUGCCAGCAGAUGGCAGCAGCAGCAGCAGGCGGCGUCCAUGCUGCGCGGUGUGGAAACCACCUCGGAGCGGGAUGCGAAUUCCCAGGACAAGCCUGCGGAGGAGGCCACGGAGUGCCCCGAGACGCGGGAGGUGGAUCCCGCCGCAGGCUUCAAGUGGGGUUUCCUCACCCACAAACUGGCAGAGAUGAGGGUGAAGGCCGCGCCCAAGGGUGACUAG